UUCGUAGCCCGUAGCUUCUACAGUCGCGAGACAUUUUCCACGCGUGACGGCCGAAUCGCGCGCCGGCCGCUCGCAACUUCGAAAUUCAAAUUUGGAAUCGCGUAUCUUUCGAACAAAAGCAGUUUAGUUGCCAGUAAUAUCGUGCAAUUAUGGAUAUAAUAAUUUAGUGUUGUACAAAUGUUUAAAAAAAAAGUUUCUUUUGUGAUCGUGAUUUAUUUUUAAAGUGCUAAAGUUGUUCAAUAAGUUCCUAAGUUUCUAAGCGAUGAAAAAUGGAUGAGUUCAACGAGACUUACCCAGGGAAUGGCUCGGAGUCCUACCAGCCGUACUACCAGCGUCCUGAGACGUACAUCGUGCCGAUCAUAUUCGCGCUCAUCUUCGUAAUCGGCGUCGUCGGGAACGGGACCCUGGUGGCGGUCUUCGUCAGACAUAAGGCUAUGAGAAAUGUUCCUAAUACAUACAUCCUAUCGCUGGCCCUGGCCGACCUGCUGGUCAUCAUCACCUGCGUGCCGUUCACCUCCAUCGUGUACACCAUCGAAUCCUGGCCGUGGGGAGCCACAGUGUGCCGACUGUCUGAAGCUGCCAAGGAUGUCAGCAUAGGUGUGUCGGUGUUCACACUGACUGCUCUAUCAGCUGACAGAUAUUUUGCUAUUGUGGAUCCUCUUAGGAAGUUGCAUGCUACAGGAGGCAGCAAGCGCGCCACCCGACUCACUGUGGCGACAGCUAUCGGCAUCUGGAUACUGGCCGGUAUACUGGCCACGCCUGCUUACAUGGGCUCAUACGUGCGGACCUUUGUCGUCAACCCUACCACGCAGUUUCUAGUCUGCUACCCUUACCCAGUGGACUGGGGGGAGAAGUACCCGCCCACGAUGGUUCUGAUAAGGUUCCUGGUAUACUACUCACUUCCGCUGGCUGUGAUCGCGCUAUUCUAUGUCUUGAUGGCGCGCCAUCUGGUGCUCAGCACGCAAAACAUGCCAGGGGAAAUGCAGGGGACCCAACGACAGAUGAGGGCCAGAAGGAAAGUGGCGCUGACAGUACUAGCGUUCGUGCUCGUGUUCGCUGCGUGCUUCCUGCCCUCACACGUCUUCAUGAUGUGGUUCUACUACUGUCCCACAGCGGAAGAAGACUAUAAUGGGUGGUGGCACGGACUCCGCAUUGUGGGCUUCUGUUUGUCCUUCCUCAACAGCUGCGUCAACCCUAUCGCCCUGUAUUGUACCAGCGGUAUCUUUAGGAAGCACUUCAAUAGGUACCUGCUAUGCCGAGGCGGAUCUACUCAUGCCAACAGAGGAUCUCUGUCCAUAUCCACAUCGCGGCGACUUAAUUCCAGCUGCAGAAAAACUAACAUUAGCAUGGUGCCUAGAACAACAAGCGUCGGCCGCGACAGCAGCAUCAGACUUCUAAACAACGGGUCUUCGAAGCUCUGAGGAAGGGGCUCCGGCCACAUGGCCAACAAUAACCUCGAGCGCUCUAAAGAAAACUACAGCAAGGGCGCCCUCUACAAAACUAAUCACAUGGCGCCGUUCCCGAAAUGUUGUGAGCGAGAAAAUGGCGUCAAUAAUAUUAAGGAAACUAACCUGGAUAAGGACGUUAGCAGCACUGAGAGUUUCUUCCUACCGCCGGAUAAUACGAGUGCGUUCCAUUGUAGUUAAACUGGUUGUGAACUUUUUAUUAGACGUGUCAAUAAUGAACGAUUCCUAAUUUCUCAAAUUCAAAAGUUUACAGCCUCGUUUUUUAUGAAUAUUUUAAUGUGACACUAUGGAUUAUUCAGACCUUUCCCUUUUAUGCUAUGUAGGUAUAUCCAUACAGAGUCAACUAUCUGUUAAAACUGAUAGAAAUAAUAAGAUGGCUCGUUGUGGAAUUGUGGACAUAGCUUUAUAGUAAGUAGGUAGGUCUAAUUGAUUGGAAGAGUUAUUUAUUUUCUUGUGAAUUAUUGGUCAAAUUAAUUGCAAAUUGCCUAUUUUUUUCAAUUUUAACUUAAUCGUACAUAACUGAACUUUGAUAACUUCAAUGCAGCUACUGUUGCAUGCUAAGUUGCAGGGCUGUCACUUUCACUUUGAUUAUUGUUUCACCCUACAUACAAUAGCCAUAUUAAUGACAGCCAUUUGUUGAACAUUAUUAUAUCGGAAUGGGAUCGCUUUUGUUUGGUUUAUCGUUCAUUUGGAAUAUACUUAUUAAGUUAAUAAUUAUUAAAAAUUUAAGUGUAUUAAUACUAGGCCAGUGCCAGUGCUCCUGCAAUGGGUACAAUUAAUGGUUGAUGAUGAAAUUAGAAAAUAUUUGACGUUCCACAAUUUUUAGUUAGGUACUUACAUUUUGUACGCAUAUUUCUAUAAACUGCUACUCACUCACUAAACUAUUCAGAUGGAAAAUAAAAACGCAUACAAAAUAACCUUUGCACGUGGAAUGUCAGAUUUUAAAACUAGAUCUACGUUAGAUCUACCCUGAUAUUUAUAAAAAUGUUAAAGUAUAAUUUAAGCUAAAGUAUGUUUUGUCACUGUCGCACUUUACAAUAUACAUUGACAGAACGAGACCAAACAUACUUUUAUUCUUUAACUUUUUUAGGAAUUAAUUGAUUAAUAUUAUUGUAAAUAAACACAAGAAAUUACAAUUAAAAUAUUGUACCAAACUAAUGAUAUAAGCGUAACAAGUACUCUAUUGUUAUAAAAUUGGUUAUUGUAAAUAUUGAAAACUUAUAUGAAACAUUGUGGUGAUGUUAUUAUGUUUUGUAAAUAAUAAUAAAAGAUUUUAGCGACUAAUAUUUGGUAGAAAAACGAGUUAAAAUUGAAUAACUUACAAUUCAGUAAAAAAAUUGUCUACAUAAGUAUAGACGGGAGCAAUCUCUUUAAGAUGUGAAUAAAUACAGAAUCAAUUACAAUUAAAUACCUAAAUUAAUUUAAGAUAAUUAAAUCUGUUCCUCACUACUGAUAUUUUAAUUUAAAUUAUAUUGAAUGUGAUUAAAAUAAUAUUAUUUUCACGUUAUACUAAUGGAAAUAAAAUACAUAUGUAUUUAUUUUUGUAAAUUUAAGUAGUAUCUUAUUUAGUAUUUGGGAAAAGUUAAUCAAAAUGUCUAUCGUAAGUAAUUAUCCUAUCCUUUCUAAGCCUAAUUUCUAUACUGCUUUAUGUAAUCUAAGCCUAAUUAAAGAAAAUAAAUAAAUUACAUAGGUAUGUAAUGUAAUGUGAC